CGCAACAAGGCCGGCACCACCUUUGGCAGCGCCCCUACCCUGCCCGGCCAAGUCACCAUCCGGGUCCGUGUACCCUAUCGUGUGGUGGGCUUGGUAGUGGGUCCCAAAGGGGCCACCAUCAAGCGGAUCCAGCAGCAAACCAAUACCUACAUCAUCACACCCAGCCGGGACCGAGACCCCGUCUUUGAGAUCACAGGAGCACCCGGCAACGUGGAGCGGGCCCGGGAGGAGAUUGAGACCCACAUCGCAGUGAGGACGGGCAAGAUCCUGGAAUACAACAAUGAGAAUGACUUCCUGUCCAGCAGCCCUGACUCGGGCAUGGAGAACCGCUACUCAGAGGCGUGGCGGGUCCACACGCCUGCCCCAGGCUGCAAGCCCCUCUCCACCUUCCGACAGAACAGCCUUGGGUGCAUCGGUGACUGCUCUGUGGACCCGGUCUACGAGACACCCCGACUGAACGACCAAAAUGACUUCAAUUAUGGUUACCUCUUUCCUAACUAUGGUGUGAACAAACAAGAUCUCUAUUAUGGGGUGCCAGAAUCUGGUGCCCCCAUGUGGGCCGGGCAGGAAAACACCAACCCCGUCUCAGUGCUCUUCUCUAAGCAGCAACGAUCCGGCAGCACUGGCGCCGUCCAUCCUAACUCGCAUCGCUCCCCAUCCUCUUCUAUCCAAGAGCCUAACCUCUCUGGGCUCCCCAGAAGGUCUCCAGGGGAACCACUGCAAGGAUUUUCCAAGCUGGGAGCCAACACCACCGCCCGGACAUCCAUCUCCAGCAGCCGGGAGUGCAUGGUGUGUUUUGAAAGUGAAGUGACGGCCGCCCUGGUGCCAUGCGGCCAUAACCUCUUCUGCAUGGAGUGCGCCGUGCGGAUCUGCGAGAGGACCGACCCGGAGUGCCCGGUUUGCCAUGCUGCAGCCACUCAGGCUAUUAGAAUAUUUUCUUAA